AUGCAACGCUUACAGAAACACCUUCGUAACAAAAAGGACGUUUUAGCAAGACGCGAGUUCUUCUAUUUUAUUGGCAACAAGAACAAUGUACUCGUGGACAAUCGUAUUCGUUUUUACGCCUGCGAACGCGCCAUUGCCCUCUUCCUCCGACAUGGUUUCCCACUCUCUGCUGCUAUGGUCUGUGGGCGCAUGGUCAACGAGGGAUUUGUUCCUUCCGUCUCUGCCCGCACCCAGAUGGCACUUAUCACGCUGGCUGAGCGUUCCCCUGAUGAAAACACUCUUCUAGAGGCCAUAGCUGAAUACUGUCGACAGGCAUCGUUUGACGAACGCUGCAUGCGUGACGUCGUUCAUCUCCUACAUGAGAGCAUGGGUUGUUCCCCUGAGAUUAUUGAUAAGGCGAUAAACGUUUUUAUUCGGUCGCAGGAUCUAGAAUAUUCUCUGUCUCCGGCAACUGUUGGUCUUUUGGUGCAUAUUCAUGGAUGUGCAGGGUCUAUCAAAGGUGCUCAACACUGGCUUUCCACUCAUCGUCCAUGUAAUCCUCAACACUCGGGUACCAUGGAUGUCCGGGCGCAUCCGUACACUACUCUUCUGCGCAGAUUGGCCGACGAAAUGUCUUCGGAGCACGACGAUCAUGGGGUUUACCGGUGGGUUUUCGAGCAGAUGGUUGAGAAUAACAUCAUUCCCGACGUGGCAUUCUACAACGCGUUCAUGAAUGUAGAGAUUAAGCGCCGUCGCUACCCGCAAGGCUUCACGAUCUACCGACUCCUUUGGCACCAUCGUACCGGGACCGAAACACCUGACGCGUACACCUAUUCGUUACUCUUCCAAGCCUUCCGCAAGACGUACGAAUCACGAAGCUUCCGCAAUCGUAGAACCCGCCGUCCUGACAGCGCGCCCACUCCACGACAGCUGUAUCGCGAUAUGUACGAAUGCCAUUGCUUACGAACGCAGGGAAAACGGUCGAAGCCAUCAGCGGUGAUCACUUUGGAUACACUCCAUAAUGCCUUGUAUAUGUUCCUGCAAGCAAGAGACUAUCCCGCAGCGUUUGUUGUGCUGCGUACGUUUAGGAUGCUUGGUCUGAAGCCAAGAUUAUACACAUACCAGCUAAUCUGCUCCCUGCUCUUGCGCCGCAUCUAUGAAGAACUUCCACUCCUCUCGAAGGAAUCGUACCCCGACCGGGUUUGGUCUUAUCGAUUUCUCGGCAUGGCAUCAUAUCCCAUCGGGCAGAGUGUGCCGAAAGGCAUGCCGCUUCUUGCGGCAAUCCUGCGCCUUGGAACGGUGUCACGUCUUAGCUUAAGUUAUAUACCAGUACCUCCCGAAACUAUGAACAAGAGCGGGGACUCAAGUGGCGAGAGCAAGGUAGAACUUAGUAGGAGCUCGUCUGCUUCUUCCCUCGCGGUGGAGGAUAUACCCCAUCCGGAAGUAUCGGCAUCCGUCACACUCGGAGAACUUCAUAACAUGCCGUCUGCGGAGCUGGUGGUUCAAACGGAUUCGAAGACCGAUGACACUAAGGAGUUCGCGCUCGCUCCGCUUGAGCGCGUUCUCAGGCGGGCAAUACUGAGUACUCGUCCAAGUGUAGCUAUUUCACCGGCGAAAGAGGUAGCUGUCGAAAUCGCAGAGGCAAAAAGAGAGAUGAUAAGCCAGACGUUUGGCAUCGGGAUGUAUGCUGGGGGGUUGGCGCUUCCAGCAGAGUCAGAUGAAUCGUAUUAA